AUGAACAGUGGGCACGGAAACUUCCCGGACCCUGUCCACCCCAGUUCUAUUGUGGCAUUCUGUGGCGGUAGUGCACUUCGGAAUGGGGAACCGGAUUGUAAUGCAGCGUACGCCUGUAUUUUCCCGCAUAACCGAGAUUGGGACGUGGUAAAAUCGGUGGAAGGACCAUGGCCAACUAGCAACAGGGCUGAGUACAUGGCAGCUUUAGCUGCUAUGGAACGGGCUAAUAUUCAGGACAGCGACAAGAGGAAAGUGCUGUUCAUUUACUCGGAUAGUAAGCUUCUAAUUGAGUCAAUGAGUAAAUGGAUCUAUCGAUGGCGCAACAAUGGAUGGAGAACGUGCAGUGGCGAAAAGUGA